AUGACUGAGCGAUCACGUUCCAUGGCACAGCCACCGGACGCAAUAUUGGCAGAGUGUUUGUCCGAUGCCAUCAAAGUGAGUGGCUGCACGACUGCCUCCGAGUCCAAUAAUCUGGUGAAUGAAGGCAUGCUUGCUGCUCCGGAACACGAUCCGUCGCAGGAGAAAAUUGAUCUAGCCUUGUCGUUGCGUGAUUUGGUCUCAGAACGCAUCGCUAAUCGCCUCUCGUCCGAUCCCGAUUUCGAUCCCAACCAGUUUCCCCUUUCGCACGAGGCAUUCCUCAGGAAGCAUUCAGAUAAACCUUGA